ACACACACACACACACAGACACACACAGAGAUGCAGAGGCAUGAUGUGACAUUCAGCCGUGCGUAAUUUGCGCGUUUGGACAGCUCUGCGCGCGGUAAAAGCUGUUUGUGGACACUCGGUGCUGCUGGAGUGAGUCCAGGAGGAGGAUGAUGAUGCUGCGGCGUGUCUGGCUGCCGGAGUGCCUCCGCGCAACGAGGGGCUGCGCCCUGCACAGCUGCUGAGGAGCGGAUCAGAGGUGUCUGCGCGUUUAUGGAUCCCUCCUGGGACAUUUAAGCGUCUCGUGCGGUGAUAUCAGGGCAGUGGGAGUCCCUCCUUCACGAGCUGCAAGAUGGGGAACAGUUUCACCAAUCUGGGUGCCUUUCAGUCUUUGCACAUAGUCAUGCUCGGUUUGGACUCUGCGGGGAAAACCACCGUGCUCUACCGGCUCAAAUUUAACGAGUUUGUCAACACUGUGCCAACCAUCGGCUUCAACACGGAGCGGAUCCGGCUCGGCGGCGCGGGGGCCUCCCGGGGCAUCAGCUGUCACUUCUGGGACGUUGGGGGCCAGGAGAAGCUGCGGCCCCUGUGGAAGCCCUACAGCCGCUGCACGGACGGGAUCGUGUACGUGGUGGACUCCGUGGACGCAGAGAGGCUGGAGGAGGCCCGGACCGAGCUGCACAAGAUCACGCGCUUCUCGGAGAAUCAGGGGACCCCCCUGCUGGUCAUCGCCAACAAACAGGACCUGCCGCGGGCGCUGGAUGUGGAGGAGAUCGAGAGGCAGCUGGCUCUGGCCGAGCUGAGCCCCUCCACCCCGUACCACGUCCAACCAGCCUGCGCCAUCAUCGGAGAGGGGCUGCACGAGGGCAUGGACAAACUGUAUGAGAUGAUCGUGAAGAGGAGGAAGAGCCUGAAACAGAAGAAAAAGAGGCAGUGAUGGACUUAUCUCUACAGACACUCUGCAAGUCCAUAUAUAUAUUUAUAGUGCUGCUACAUGAGAUCAAAACACAAAUAUUAUCAUUAGAUUCUAUAUAUGAAUGUUAAAUGACAGAAACUGCCCUGAACUCCAUUUACAAACAUCUUUUCUGCAGUGGAAGUAAUCCUAAAAUAUAAAUAUGAAUGAAAGCAAUCAUAGCUAAAGGUUUGGCCUGAGUGUUUAGACUGUUUAUUAGACGAGAUGUUUUUCAAGAGCAGAUCUCCCUGAAGCUGCGUGUUGAUGUGCUGUGCACACUGUUGACUGUAAAUGUGAUAAGAGAUGCACCGGAGCGCAGGCUGCUGUGUAGAGCUGUGAGACGGUGUUACACCAAAGAUGAUUCCCCCGAGAUGACACCUCCAUCUCCUCCGUCCUGUUAUUGUUUCGUUUUUUUUUGUUCGUGUUUUUGAUUGAUUUAGCAGGAUUUGGAAUAAUAUAUGACGUGAUGCUGUUUUUAGAAACAAAUAAUUAUACAGGGAAACUUUCUGUGGUCUAAGAUGACGCAUGUUCAGAUUGCACUUUGAGAUUCAGAGAAACCAUCUUUGAUCAAACCUCUGGCAGAAGAGUUAUUGGAGGGUUCGAGCUGUGCGGGUGACUGAAUUUCUGCCUGAUUGUGACUGUUACACUUUAUCUUUUUCAGCCUUAAAUGUUCAUGUAGCUCUCUGUUUGAAGCCUCGGUUCUCACAACAAGUUGCCAAAAUAUUUCUCAGCUUUAGUUUGUAGUUGCACAAACGAUGGUGAGUAGCUGCAGAAAACUUGUAAAGAGUUUUUCCAUAGUUUUAACUCAGAGAGAGAGAAAACUAGAUUCUCAUGUUUCUUGUAGUUACAGGAUCGCUACAGAGUUAAAUCAUCAUACAAACAGACUAGAAGUUGCUGCUUUAGCGUCUUCAAAAUAACUCUUUGUUCUAACAACAGUGUCAUUUUGUAGUUUUAUGUCAUUAUAAGACUUUAUAGCAAAUGCAGGAACAAAGGAAUGUGCUAACUUCCAAAAGAAUAACACAUAGUCGUCAGCGUAAAGAGAGAUCGAACACAAAUACCUGAAAAAAUCAAACUCAAUACAAUAUUAAAACGCUUGCAGAAAAGUUCAGAAAAAGUGUUAGACUUUAGCAUAUAGUCUUGAACGAGCGGACCGUUGAAUGUUUUAUGGACUGUUGUUAAAUGUCAAAACAGAAAAAGAAAAAGAGGAUCGACUUCAGCUUCUUCAGCUCAGAUUUUCUGGAUUUGAAAUGAUAACUGUUUUUUUUUAAGGUUAAUUUUAAGAUCAUUCAACAUCUCAGAAUGCAACGUGCCAUACAUAUAAUAACCACAAGGGGGCCGACCUGAGUUUAAGCUUAAUGGUCUAAAUAUAAUAUUCCGCACAUGAACGUGGCGACCUCUUCCUGCAGAAAUCAGUCGAGCUGUGUUCAACGUUGCAUGUCAGCCUCUACAUCAGACGAUGUGAAUUAUACCGUGUGGAGUUACAGCCAAGAUACAGCGAGACCAAACAAUGUACGACGAGCUGGAAUGAAAAAAAAGACACAAGUAUUUUUGGGAUUAAACUCUUUGUAACUGAA